AUGGAUAGAGACCACCGCGACGGAGACCGAAUGAGAUAUUCCAUCAACAAGGACGAUUUGUUGCUGAUGGUGCUGGCCGUGUUCAUCCCACCGCUGGCCGUAUGGAGGAGGAAGGGUGUAUUCGAUAGGGACACGUUACUGAACCUGUUGCUGUUUCUGCUGCUGUUCUUCCCAGCCAUCAUCCACGCCUGCUACGUGGUGUAUGAGACCAGUGACGAGCGCACCUCCGAGCGGUCACGUGGCCGCGAUCUAGAGGCGCACCCUCAGGAGGAACUCCCCGAAGAAGCUCAAGCCCAGGCUCAAGGCCAGAUUCAGCCCCCAGCCUACGACUAUGGCGACGACGACGAGGCCCGCGCCGACGUGCCCCUAAUGGAUAACAAACAACAGCUGCCAUCCACCCGUGCCUAG